CCACCGCGGCAUCGAUCGUCGUUUUACUUUCAAGUUCACUGCCCUGAUUCUGCCAACCAUUCGCACCUUCCAUAGGAUUGCCAGCGCCAACACCGAACAGGCGCACUUCUUGUCGUAUGUCGUGGUCAAUGUUCUGAUGACCUGUUGCUUCUAAAUAGCAACCGAACGCAUUCGCACCUUAACCGAACCGGAAGCAUUUUUCACUUGUAUAUCGGAAUUUCGCUGUUUCCAAGGUACCGGGGUCAAACUACGAUGAAUGCACCAGGGCCCUAGGUUUGUUUAUUUUGCUGGCCUGGUUUUAGUCCAUCGACGACACGCCAAUCGAUAGGCGGUGAAAAAUUUUGCACUCCGCAGAGGAAUUCGCAGAACAGUUUUGUCUAAAGUUUUCGGUAGAUAUGGACAAAGAAAGUCGUUCUAAGCCGAUUUCAAUAGUUCCGAAGAAUGUCUUCGGUCUGCGAACGGACAUUUUAGGAAAUGUACAUUUCACCACAAAGCAAGAGAUAAUCUAUCCGGUGGCAGGGGUUCUGGCCAUCCACGACUUUGCCACUAACAAACAGAAGUUUUUAAGGUUUCCAGAAAACUACCAUCCGGAAAGGAUUGUUAUUUCUCCAGACCGGCGGUAUAUUGCCAUAACCGAAAAGAGUGCUGAUAAUAAAUCCCUGAUCAAUAUCUACGAUAUCGCAACGCUCAAGAAACGUAAGACCCUCCAACUACCGCCUGACUGCCCAAAUACCCAGAUUGGAAACAUUUGCUUUACGUUUGACUCUCGCGGGAUUGCGGUCCUUUCCGUUGAACCGGAUGCUUUUCUGUCCAUUUUCUCUUUCGAUAAGAAUGAAUCGCUCAUCAUCGGGCGGGCCUCCAAUUCCAGUCAGCAAGGACAGGCCAGCUUUCUGUCAUGCAAUCCAGGAGAUGCCACGAUUGUUGCCGUCGGUGGCUAUUACAUGCUGAAAAUCAUGAACAAAACCGACAAAGGAUUCGGACAGAUUGGAUCCAUUAAGGGGGAUAACUUGCUGGUAACGUCGAUCGCUUGGUUGACGGGGGAGGCUCUUGCCGCUGGAACGGCCGAGACGGAGCUAAUAUUUGUUGAAUCUGGGGAGCUCAAACUCAAAUUAAGAGCUGACGAAGUGGAGAAAAUUGAUCUCUCGGCGGAUACUGAUGGUGAACUGUCCUCUAGUCCAGAAAGCGAUUCAAGUGCCAAAAAGGAAUGCCAUGACGUUCUUUGCUUGACGCAAUUCAACACAGGAUUUCUCUAUUCGAUCCACAAUUCGGUUCACGUUUUCGAGAAAACUACUAACUAUGCCUUCAUAAAGAAAUCCAUCAUACGAAUCCCCAUCACACUCUACGAUCAACAAUCGUACAAGAUCAUCAAUGUGGCCGUGAACGCCGAACAGGACACGAUCGUGGUCGCCACAAAGCACUCUCAAAUCUACAUCGGAAUGCUGUUCGUGCCGGAAACUUUAAAGGUCAGUGAGCUGGUUUUUCGACAUCUAGGCGAACCGCUGCAUGUCAGCGGAAUUGUAGGGCUUUCUGUAUGCUCUUGGAAACCUAUUCUCAUGACUGCUUCUAAGGAUCUGACUAUACGACUCUGGAACUACCAAAGCAUGAAAGUGGAACUGGUCAAAAAGUUUCAGAUUGAAAUUGGUGUAAUCGCACUGCAUCCAUCUGGCUUCUUUGCCGCCGUUGGAUUCAUCGAUCUGCUGCGGUUGAUGCAAAUUCAGUUAGACGAUCUGAAGGUUACCAAAGCCUUCAACUACCCGAAUUGCACUCAGCUGAAGUUCUCCAACCAGGGUCAUCUGUUGGCGGCGGCGCACGAGAAGAUCAUCAGUUUGAUCUGUAUCUUCACGUUCGAGGUUGUGCAGACACUCAAAGGCCACAACGGAACGAUAUUGAGUUUAUCGUGGUCUAGUGAUGAUCUUUUCUUGGCGUCUGGCGGUAACGAUGGAGCGAUUUACAAGUGGAACGUUGUGACCGGCGAGCGAAUGGAAGAAAUCGUUCAAAAGGGAAUUCACUAUCGAUCGUUAUCGUUAACGAACGAUUCCGUCUCCGUGUUUGCCAUUACGAACACAGGACUGAUAAGAGAGAUGUGCAAGUCGGAUAUUAAUCGUGAAUUCAAAAUCCCAGAACUAACACCACUAACGGACAUUGCGCUAUCUAGAUCGGAUCUGAUCAUGUUCGUUGGAACGGAGAAAGGUCAUUUGUACAAUGUGGAUAGCAGUAACGGAAACUGUAGUAACUUCCGGUUCUUUAAUACAAAGAUCACGAAAAUUUGCUUAACUUACAAUGAUUGUACGCUGGUGACGGCGGCUGAGGAUGGAACGCUAAUAAUUUGGACGAUCUUGAACAGUGAAGGCAAAACUGCGCCACAUGCUCCGGAGCUGGGACUAUGUUCUGAUAUAUUGAUCGCAAGACAAGACUUGGUUGAUAAAAAUGAUUUGAUUUCUACGUUGGAAAUGCGAAUUCAACAGCAAAUAAUGGAGUUUCAGUACAAGAUGAAGCAAGGUGACGUAUUUCAUUCCGAGCAGAUGAGGGACAUUCAUCGAGACUACUGUGCUGCGAUCGAAGAGUUGAAGAAAAAGAAUGAAGAAAUGGAAAUGUCUCACUUGGAGGAGUUUAACUUGAUGACGGCAAGUAUUGCACAAGCCAAGGAAGAUCAUCAGAAAGAGAUGAUGGAUUUCGAGGCGCAGUUUCACGAAAAGAUCAUUAUGGAAUAUGAUAAACUGAGCGAAAUGAAACAACGGAUGGACCAAAUGCGGGAGGACUACGAAAUUAAGCUCCGACGGUCGGCUGGAUGCUUGCAGGAUACGAUCGAAUCACUUGAGGCUGAUCAGAAGAAGCAACUGGUGGACAAACAGGAAAUUAUCGACGGACUUUUAAAGGAUAUGGAACGGAAACGUUUGGAGUUUAACGAAUACUGCAAACAGGUUGACGUUGACAAUGAUCGUAAUAAAGUCGAGCUACAGCUGAACUACGAAAAGAAGCUUCAAGAAGAGGAAGAAAAUUGCAUGAAAUGGCGUGGCGAAGCUGGCGUUCUGAAGAAAAAGUUCUCUACCCUUAGCCGAGAGACAGAAAACUAUCGUAAGGACAUAGAAACUUUGCAGUACCAACAUGGCAAGUUUCAGCAAGCGAUCAAACAACAUCAGCGAGAUAUAGAGGAUCUGAAAAAAGAUCUCUCAGAACGAGAGGCGAUCAUAAAAGAAAAGGAGCGGAAGCUGCACGAAAUGGUCAAAAAGACAGGCGAAUUAGAGAAAUAUAAACAGGUGCAAACGUACAAAAUCAACGAACUAAAAAGCCAAAUCGAACCGAAAGAAAGAGAAAUCAAAGAAAAAAAGGAAGUCAUUGGCGAAAUGGAGAAGAAACUGGAAGAAUUGCAGUUAAACAAUAAACAAUUAGCUCUUCAACUACAAGAACUUCGGGACAAAUACUACGGUGCCGAUCUAGAGCUUCGCAAGGAGCGUAACAAAUUUCGAGGUGCCAAAAACCAGUAUCAACAAGUUUGUAGAGAAAUUUAUAACGUCGCCGGACUGAUACAAAAACCCGAUGAGUUGAAGCGAGGAAUCACCGAUCUGUGCCAUCGGCAUUCGGACGACAAAGAGCUGCAGAAAUCGCUAGCCUCAAACGAAGACGUUCAGAAUGAGUUUCUCCGGCAGAGGGAACAUCUGGAAAAGUUAACCAAGAACGCAAAACUGAAGAGUGGACAAACGAAGGAUACGGGCGAGUCAAUCAAACUCAUGAAAGAAAACAUGGAACUACUGGCGGAGUUGAACAAGUUGAGGGAGCUACUGAAUGAGAAGCAACGCGCCUGUACGAGAAUGGAAGCGUUGCUGGGAUUGUCCAGUAAAACUAUAUCGCCUCGCCAGGCAAAACUGAAGUUGGAGAAAGCUGUUGCGGACAAGGAUGAACUGGAGAAUAAACAUCGAGAACAAGUAACGAAAUUACAGGAAGUCAUCAAAUCACUUUCGAACGAAAAUCAAAAUUUGCGCUCGGAAAUUGUGGGCUUAAACAAGAAAAAUCGUUGAUAAACACUUAACUAAACUAAUUAAUAAAACGUUUUAUGCAACUGUU